AAAAAAUGAUGGGUGAUUCCAUCUCAGCCGUGCCAGUCCGACCUUACACGCAUUUGACUGGGUUCCAGCUCCAACCAGCAGCCUUUCUUGGGCAUUGCUUCUCUUUCCCUCUCUACCUUCCUCAGUCCCUUUCUGCAACCACUGUUUAAACCGUCAAAAACCAUUCACAUAUAUACCCCUCUCUCAUGGCUUCCCAUCGCGAAACUCUCUCUCUCUGUCUCUCACUAUUCCCCUGUUCUAGACAUAACACUCCUCUUUCUCUCUCUAUCACACAAACUCUUCUGAACUGUUCUUCUUCUCUCUCUAGAAAGGAGAGACUAUCUUUUCAUUCUGUUUCUCUCUCUUGAAAGGGAAGAAAUGGUUCACCACCAUCGCCACCACCCCCAGCAGCAGCGGAGCAAGUAUGAUGAAGAGGCAGCAGAGGCCCUAGCCUACAUGGACUGCGCAAACCUCUGCAAGAAAAGCAGGCCCCGCUUUCUGAGGAUCCUCUUCAUCUUUUCUAUGGUCUCUUGUAGCCUCGUUUUUGCUCCUCGUCUCUUCUCCCAUGGCGCCCUCCCCUUCCUCUAUUCUUUCUCAGAAGAGGACCUUGACGAUGGCUUCUCAGCUACAAGAACCAGUCUCAACAUGUGCUCCUCAAUCAAGAAUGGAACCAUAUGCUGUAAUAGAAGCAGCAUCCGCUCUGACAUCUGCUUCAUGAAAGGGGACAUAAGGACCAGCUCCUUCUCCUCAUCAAUCAUCCUCUACUCUGGUGAAAAUAGCUCAUCCAUUGUGGAAGAGGAGCAUAGAAUAAGACCAUACACAAGAAAAUGGGAACCCCAUGUUAUGAAAACAAUCGACGAAAUCUCUCUCAUCAAAACCGGAGAAGGAAGCGUCGAAUCUUCCAAGCUUUCUUGCGAAAUCGAGCACAGAGUUCCUCUCAUUGUUUUCUCAACAGGUGGUUACACGGGCAACGUUUACCAUGAAUUCAAUGAUGGUAUUUUUCCUCUGUAUAUCACUGCUCAGAAAUUCAAAGGAGAAGUGGUUGUCGCCAUGGUUGAGUACCAUGAUUGGUGGAUUAUGAAGUAUGGUGAUAUUCUUUCGAAGAUCACGAAUUAUCCAGCUAUUGAUUUCUCAGGAGAUCGAAGAACCCAUUGUUUCCCUGAAGCCAUUGUUGGCCUCCAAAUUCAUGAUGAGCUCACUGUAAAUUCCACGUUCAUGGAGGACCAUAAGAGCAUUGCGGAUUUUCGGGCUCUUCUUGACCAAGGUUAUACUCCAAGAAUUCGAGAUAUCGAGGAAGAGGAGAGAGAGAUGUUGAGAAAAGAAGAAAGAGAAAGGGGCAAGAGAGAGGACAGACAAAUUGACAGGGGGGAUGAAAGAGAAAGGGUGAGGAAAGAGGACAGAGAAAGGAGGAAGAGAGAGAAAAGGGAGAGAGAAACUGGGGUCUGGAAGCCGAGACUUGUGAUCGUGUCUCGGAACAAUUCGAGAGCGAUACUAAAUCAGGACGAGGUAGUGAGAGAAGCUGAGAAAAUUGGAUUCGAGGUCAAGGUAUUGAGCCCGACCCCAUCGACCGAGCUCGCAAAAAUUUACAGAGCUCUCAAUGCCAGUGAUGUUAUGGUGGGUGUUCAUGGAGCAGCCAUGACCCAUUUCUUGUUCAUGAAACCAGGUUCAGUUUUUAUUCAAGUUGUUCCAUUAGGGACUGAUUGGGCUGCUCAAACUUACUAUGGAGAACCAGCCAUGAAAAUGGGGCUCAAGUAUUUUGGUUACAAGAUACUGGCUAGAGAGAGUUCUUUGUAUAACGAGUAUGAGAGAGAAAGUCCAGUGUUAAAGGAUCCAGAUAGCAUAACAAGAAAAGGGUGGGAGGAGACAAAGAGGGUGUAUUUGGAUGGUCAGAAUGUGAGGUUGGAGAUGCAAAGGUUUAGAAAGAGGUUACUCAAGGCUUACACUCAUGCAGUGGCAAGGAGAAAGAGGAGGGGUUCUAGAGAGAGGUGAGACAGAGAGGGUGGAAUAUGGGUGAGAUAAAAUGAUGGGGUCUGUAGAUAGCAUUCUUUUUAUUGGUAAAUUGAUCUUUGGUUAUAUAGC